AUGUCUCCCGUAUAUGGUGACCGAGCUGGGACUGCGGAUGAUGCCCCCACCAGCACAACUGAGGACACCGUCCAUGGCAACCACCCUGACCUUGUGGAGCUUCCCGUGACGCCGGUCAGAGACCCGGCUGACGGGCGCGGUUCUCCGAUGGAGCAGCCGUCGAGGCCUCGGAACCCCGUUGAUACGCCGAGCAAGGUCUGA